UGGUUAUUUUUCACGGUUUCCAUUUUGCGAUGACGCUUUGAUUGAGAAAGAUAAUUUUCCGCUUUUAAUCUGAGCUGGUCAUUUUGUAAUUUGUUUCGUUAGUUGCCCGAUCAUGGGAUCCUACAGAAGAGGGAAGCUUGCCCUUGAUGCUUUUCGUAGUUUCUCUUCAAGGAUUAUGCCCAAAACCCAAAUUUCGCAGCGCAGUACUAGAUUUUGCGACUCUGAAUACUUGACGACUUCUGCAUGUAAAGGAGCUAACAGUUAUGGGUUUCCGUCAUAUUCUCUUAUAUCUCAUAGACUAGGAUUACGAGAUGGACUGAAUAGGAACUCACCUAAUCCUUUUCUCACCGGGGCUAGGAGAUUUUACUACGUGGAUCGGUACAAUGUGCAACAUUUCAAGCGCCGAGGGCCUAGUCGGUGGCUGCAGGAUCCAAGAAAUGUCUUAAUUGUAGUGAUGGUUGGUUCAGGGCUUUUUAUCACUGCAUACUAUGGGAAUUUGGAAACUGUUCCCUAUACCAAGCGAACUCAUUUCAUUCUUUUGUCCAAAUCUCUGGAGAGGAGGCUUGGAGAGACCCAGUUCGAGCAAAUGAAAGCAUCGUUUAAGGGGAAAAUAUUGCCUGCUAUACACCCAGAAAGCAUACGGGUAAGAAUGAUCGCUAAGGAGAUAAUUGAUGCAUUGCAGAAAGGUCUGAGGAAAGAGCAGGUCUGGAGUGAUUUGGGUUAUGCAUCAGAGCACGCGACGGCACACGAACGUAAUGUGCGUGAAACACUGAAUGCAUUGUCGGAGACGGAAGGGGAGUUUGAAGAUAAAUGGUACCGCGAGGAUGAGAUUCUUGAUGACAAGUGGAUUGAGAAGAGCAGAAAAAAGGGUGAGAAACGUGGUUCACAGGCUGCUACAUCACAUUUGGAUGGAUUGAAUUGGGAGGUGUUAGUGGUGAAUGAACCUGUUGUUAAUGCCUUUUGCUUACCCGGGGGAAAGAUCGUUGUGUUUACUGGUUUGCUUGAGCAUUUUAGAAGUGACGCAGAGGUAGCCACUAUUCUGGGACACGAGGUUGGCCAUGCUGUGGCUCGACACAGUGCUGAAGGGAUGACCAAAAAUCUGUGGUUUGCGAUUCUGCAGUUGAUACUCUAUCAAUUUGUCAUGCCUGAUGUCGUCAAUACAAUGUCAGCUCUUUUCUUGAGGCUGCCUUUCUCUAGGAGGAUGGAAAUGGAAGCAGAUUAUAUUGGGCUGCUGUUAGUUGCUUCAGCUGGAUACGAUCCCCGAGUGGCACCCACAGUCUAUGAGAAGUUAGGAAAGGUUACUGGGGAUUCAGCACUUAGAGAUUACCUCUCUACUCACCCAUCUGGAAAAAAGAGGGCACAAUUGCUGGCUCAAGCUCAGGUCAUGGAGGAAGCUCUAACUAUAUACAAGAAUGAGAGGGCAGGUCGUGGGGUUGAAGGCUUUUUGUAGGAAAGCGCAGUCAUUAGUUGCUGCUUCUGAGUUCUGACUAGAGCAUAUAUUGGGGAGUACGAUUUUUAUCCCCCUCUGUGCUGAUAUUUAUAGUUUUUUAUGGGAAGAUUAAC